GUUCAAGGUGGUCUCUACAAUAUUAAAUAAUGGGUGCGCAAACAAGAGUGCAACACGGGCUGUUUGAGAAUUAUUUUAAACCCUCCCAAACAGAGUAUUCGAUAAAUAAGUCAUCCGACAAAAGGGCUGGAGUUAAAAUGCUGAUGCCAGGAGUUCGGUGCAGCAUUACAUGGUGCAGAGAGUAAGGGACUGUUGCAGCUGCAUUUUUGUGACUACAUACACGGCUGUGUCGGGAGGCAAAAUGCAAUCUCUCAUUAAGGGUUUUUUGUUGUUCCCUGUGUUGUUUCUCGUCCUGUUCUCCCGAGUUCACCCUAAAAGGAUUUUUAGAUGUCCUUCUGCAUGCACUUGCACAAAGGAGUCUAUUAUUUGCGUCGGAUCUUCCAGCGUCCCACGGAUUAUUCCAAAUGACAUCAAUUCCCUGAGCGUUGUAAAUGGAACCUUCAUCGAAAUCAAGGAGGGGAUGUUUUCCCACAUGCCUUCUCUGCAGUUGUUGCUUCUGAAUUCAAAUGCAUUUUCUACCAUAAAAGACGAUGCCUUUUCUGGGCUUCUACACCUGGAGUAUCUAUUCAUUGAAAACAACAAAAUAGAGACUACAUCUAAACAUUCAUUCAGAGGACUUUGGGAUUUAACACAUCUGUCCUUGGCUAACAACAAUAUCAAAUAUUUGCCAAGGGAAGUCUUCAGUGAUUUGGACUCAUUAAUUGAAUUAGACUUGAGAGGCAACUCUAUAGAAUGUGACUGCAAAUCCAAGUGGCUUUUAACCUGGCUGAAGACCACCAACUCUACAGUAUCUGACGUGUACUGUGCUGGUCCAGCAGAACUGAAGGGCAGGAAGCUCAAUGACCUUCAAUAUUUAAAUCACAAGUGCACAUCUACAGACUUUGUCCUUCACCAGACUCUGCCUUUCCAGUCCUUGUCAGUAGACACCUUUGAUUAUAAAAAUGAUGUCUAUGUAGCCAUUGCACAGCCAAACAUGGAAAACUGCAUGGUGCUGGAGUGGGACCACAUUGAGAUGAACUUCAGAAGUUAUGAUAACAUUACAGGGCAGUCAAUAGUUGGAUGCAAAGCCAUACUGAUCGAAGACCAGAUCUUUAUUAUAGUAGCACAGCUUUUUGGGGGCUCCCACAUCUACAAGUAUGAUGAAAGUCAGACCAAGUUCACAAAGUUUCAGGACAUUGAAGUUUCCAAAAUCUCCAAACCUAAUGACAUCGAGGCCUUCCAGAUUGACAAAGAAUGGUUCUUUGUCAUAGCAGACAGCUCCAAAGCUGGGCUGUCCACACUUUACAAGUGGAACACUAAAGGAUUCUACUCCUACCAGUCCCUGCAUGAAUGGUUUAGGGAUACAGACUCAGAGUUUGUUGACCUGGAUGGAAAACCACACUUAAUACUGGCCAGCAGGUCCCAGGUCCCAGUGAUCUUCCAGUGGAACAAGAGCUCUAAGAAGUUCACCCAGCAAAGCGAAAUCCCCAACAUGGAGGAUGUUGUUGCGGUGAAGAGCUUCCAGAUGAAGAACGAGCUCUACUUGGCCUUGACCAGGUUCAUUGGUGACUCCAAGGUCCUCAAGUGGACUAACAAGCAGUUUGUGGAUAUCCAGUCUGUGCCCUCUCGGGGCUCCAUGAUCAUGCAGCCCUUCUCCUUCAAAGAACGCCACUACCUCGCCCUGGGAAGCGAUUACACCUUCUCGCAGAUCUAUAUCUGGGACGAGGAGAAAAAGCUUUUCAUCAAAUUUAAAGAGAUCUAUAUUCAGGCUCCCCGUUCCUUCACAGCAGUGUCCACAGACAGAAGAGAUUUCAUAUUCACCUCCAGCUUCAAGGGAAACACUCAGAUAUUUGAGCACACCAUUGUUGAUUUAAGCUUGUGAAUAUGAGAUGUACUGUAAUAGGUAAGCAAGCAAGCAAGCAAAUGUCUUCUAUAGCUCGGAGUAUGAAACCGACACAUCUGAAUAAAAAGGUUGCAAUUUUUCUGACUUUUAAUGGUUUUCAAUGAGAACAAACACCUGCCUAAAGUGGAACAUAUGCUGGGAGGAGUUAAAUGUUUAUUUGGAAUGAAAAAAUAUUUACCGUAAAACUUCAAAUAAUUGCCGGGUCUAAAAUAAUCGCAUGUUUCCAAUACGCAGCGGGUCUGCUGGCAAAUAUUGUAAAUAAACGCCGGGUCUUUAUUAAACACUGGGUCUCUGUCAUUGCCAUUGAAGCUGAGGAAGAUGAGGAGGAGCUUGAGCGUAAUGAACUGCUAAUAAGUGACAGCGAUGAAAGUGAUGAAAGUGAGUCAGGAUUAAUACAUAAUAAUAAUAGAAAACGUAAUUUAAGGUAGGCCUACAUGUAAUGCAUAUUUGUUUCAUGCAGUUAUUACGUUAUUAAAAGUUUUGAUCAUUUUAAGCGUGCUGUCAGAUACAAACGUCUUGGUGUAUUUUAACGUGUUUUGUUAUAACAAUGUACAAGUUUGAGAUUAAAAGAUUUUUUUUGAUACUUAUUGCUUUUAGUGUUCAUUUUUAAAAACAUUUUAGAAGUUUGUAUUAUUAUUAUUAUUAUUAUUAUUAUUAUUAUUAUUAUUAUUAACAAUGGUAGAUCUAAUUCAGUUUUUAAACACAAAGUCAUACUUCUGCUUGUUCAUUCUCCAACGUUUUGCAUACCGUAUCCUUAUUAACCAGUGCAUAUAAAAAGACCGUAAUAAUACUUUCGCUUUAUACUUGAGGGUGUACAAUACAAUGUAAUUUUGUUAUAAAACAAAACUGUUACUUAGUUCCCACUGACACACAACCUUUUAACAAAGUUGCUGGAAUGUUUAAAUUGAGUUACGAUGUUGCUACAAGGUUGAGUGUUAGUGGCUUCUCAAUGACCGCAUGAAGCAUGUGAAGCUAGAGGUCUAAUAUAAACGACAGCCUCAAAUAAUCGCAGGUCUCCAAUAUGCGUCGGGUCUGCUGGCAAAUACUGUAAAUAAAUGCCGGAGGCGUUUAAUUGAAGUUUUACGGUAAUCAAUUUGAAUCAAUUAAGUUCAUCCCAGGUAGCACUCUUUUAACUGUUUAAUAUAAAAUAUGGCAACCAACUAAAGCCUGAACUGGAAGAAUAGUCAUCAUAAUUUCAUCUACCUGGGGGAGAAAUGAUGAUAUUUUAUUGCCUUAUGUCUAAAAGGGUUGUGUGUUUAAUGUCCUGUGGCAUCAGUUUAGACUAAUUGCCCAUGAAGAUAUCAUGCCAAGUCCUUCUUAGCUGCACUGCUGUAGGCAUUGCUUCAGAAGAGCAGGUGACUGACAAGCACUUUGUCAUUAGAAGAGACCACACAUACAAUAGGCCUCAAAGAGGAAAUAAAAACAGAAACUAUGCAAAAGCAGUAACCGCAGUGUAUAGGAAAUACACAUUUUGUUACGAGAAUAAUUCCAACACCCCAGUUUGAUGACAUAUUUUUACUAGAUUGAUACAAGCUCUUUUGAUUCCAUGCCCUUCAAGCACUAAAUGACAGUGAUGGAAAGCCAGCCCUAUACUAAUUAAGCAGUGUAUACUCUGGCCUACCAAAACAUGGAAAGCCUGUACUAGUUUAUGGUGCUGAGGUGUCGUAUAAUUUUCUAGAACUGAUGGUCGUAUAACAUUUAUUGGCCAUUUAAAGAAAAUCCUCUCCCUUGCUUACUACAUGUGUUGGUAUCUCCUAAAAGAUAAUCAUCCCACUCUUUAAAAAGCAAUAUGUCCCACAAGUAUAGGCCCACAUGUUACCCACUUACUAACAGUGCAGGAACCACUCUUCAUUUUACACCCCAAAAAGGUGCUUCUGCAGUGGUAAUUGAUAGUAGUAGUCCCACAACCAGCUAAGGUUGAUUUUUUUUUAAUAAGCCACUGUAUGUUCCUCUUUCCUAGCCCUGUGUUGUUCAAAAACCACAGUAAAAAUGGCUGCCUUUUUAAUCAUUACCUAUGCAUAUUUGUACAGUAAAUUAAACUGGUUCUCUGUAUACAGAACAUUAUUCUCGCAUGGAUCUGUACCAUACAUUCAGCAGACUUUGGCUUGUAGGUUAUGAGGAUUUUCUCAGCGUAUUUAAAACUUUAAUAUAAUGUUCAGGCACACAGACUAUUGAUCUGUGUUUUUUUCCAUGUCAGUUCUGAUGCCAGUGAAAUGUUACACACAAUCAAGGUGAAAGCACUGUUUCAUUUCAGCAUUGUUUGUACAGUACAUUGCUGUUUGGUACAGUUUUAAACCUUUGAAUAAUCUGCAAUACUACUACUACCAAUAUUUAAUUAUACUACGGUACUAUAUCUAACAGUACCGCUAAAUCAAAUAUGCAAGUUGUAUGAGAUGUAGAUUUUUUGUACAUAUAGUAAUCUUAUUGAAUGUUAGUCUUGUAGAUAAAGUAUAAUAGAGAAUAAAAUGCUGAUGACAAACAGAACAA